GAGGGGGCGUGGCUGUGGUUAGCCGCCGGUGGCUCAGUGCCGGCUGCCGCGUGGGACAGCUUCUGGGCACGGGCAGGCUUUGUCUAAGACUAAUACCCCUGCAAGCUGUGUACGGAAGCCAACAAUGAAGCAGAAUCUUGUCUUUGACAACAUUGGCUAUGAAGGGAACUCUGAAAACCUGCCCUCUGGGUCGUCUCAAAUGGACAUGGUUACAGUCAAUAUUUUGGGUAUGACGUGCCAAUCUUGUGUGCAUUCUGUAGAGGGCAGAAUUUCCAAGGUGAAGGGCAUUGUGAGUAUUAAGGUCUCCCUUGAGCACAGCAAUGCUGUGCUUAAAUAUAUACGGUCUGAAAUAAGUCCCAAACAGAUUUGCCAGGAAAUUGAGGACGUGGGUUUUGAUGCCUGCAUAGCAGAAGGAAAAUCUAUCCCAUCAUCUUUAAGAUCAACAACGUCUAUAGCAGAAGCUGUAGUUAAGUUUCGGGUAGAAGGCAUGACCUGCCAGUCUUGUGUCAAUACAAUUGAAGGUACAGUUGGGAAACUACAUGGUGUGACAAGAAUAAAAGUCUCCCUGAGUAACCAAGAAGCAGUCAUUCUUUACCAGCCUUUCAUUGUUCAACCUGAAGACCUUAAGAAGCACAUAAAUAACCUGGGGUAUGAAUGCACUAUUAAGACCAAAUUAGCCCCACUAAAGCUUGGUAGGAUUAAUUUAGAAAGCUUACAGAAGGUUGCAGCUGGCCUCAACAGUGGUUAUGUGGAUCCAUUGGUGGACAAGAUGAAUAAUACAGCAACUGUGACUCUAGGGAUAGAAGGCAUCCAUUGCACAUCUUGCAUCAAAAAUAUUGAAGGAAAUAUAUCUGAGUUCCCAGGCAUACAAUGUAUUAAAGUGUCAUUGGAGCAUAAAAAUGCUGUUGUACAGUUUAACCCUAACUUAAUUACCUUAUCAUCUUUACAACAAUCCAUUGAAACCCUUCCGCCUGGUAACUUUAGAGUAUCCUUCCCUAAUGGAGCAGAAGCAAACAAUGGAGAGCUUUUAUCAAAGGCAGCAUCUUCAUCCCAUUGUUUUCUCAGCAAGUCCCCUGGAGAUCAACUGCCUAUCACAACUGUAAUUGGCAUUGGUGGAAUGAGCUGCAGUUCCUGUGUACAGUCUAUUGAAGGCACAAUAUCCCAAAGGAAAGGGGUACAACACAUAUCAGUUUCUUUAGCUGAAAGGACGGGGACCAUACAGUAUGAUUCAACUGUAACUAAUUCAGAAGAGCUAAGAACUGCUAUAGAAGACAUGGGAUUUGAUGCUUCUAUUCUAACAGAUACCGCUACAAGAAAGCACAAUGAUCCACCUAUUUACGAGCCUGCUGAAAUACAACAUAAAGCUCUGGAGUCAACUUGCCAAAGAGUUGGAAAUAUUCCUGAACCCGCUGAUCGAAGUUAUGUCUCAAAUACUCCACCAAAGAUCUCUUUCCUAGAGGCUCCAAAACGGCACAGUAUACUGACAACUGAGAAGUGCUUUAUGCAGAUCACGGGUAUGACUUGUGCAUCAUGUGUAUCAGCCAUUGAAAGACAUCUACAAAAGGAAGAUGGUAUUGUUUCAGUGCUUGUAGCUUUGAUGGCAGGUAAAGCAGAGAUAAAAUACAAGCCAGACAGCAUACAGCCUCUUGAAAUAGCACAGCUGAUCCAGAAUUUGGGCUUCGAUGCUACAGUCAUAGAAGAUCAGGCUGAUGAAGAAGGGAGAAUGGAGCUUGUUAUUACAGGGAUGACUUGUGCUUCCUGUGUCCACAACAUUGAAUCCAAACUAACUAAAACUAAUGGCAUUUUAUAUGCAUCAGUGGCACUUGCAACUUGCAAAGCUCAUGUCCAGUUUGAUCCUGAAAUUAUCGGACCUCGAGAUAUUAUAAAAAUUAUACAGAACCUCGGCUUUCAGGCUUCCUUGGCCAAGAGGGAUCCAAAUUAUCAUAACUUGGAUCAUAAAAAGGAAAUAAGACAAUGGAGAAAGUCUUUCUUGUGGAGCCUAAUAUUUGGCAUUCCUGGUUUAAUUUUAAUGAUUUAUAUGUUAAUACCAGCUGGCCAAGGAUCUGGGGUCCUGGAACAGAAUCUCAUUCCUGGAUUGUCUCUCUUAAAUCUUCUCUUCUUUGUCUUGUGCACUUUUGUUCAAUUUCUUGGUGGAUGGUAUUUCUAUGUGCAAGCCUACAAAUCACUGAAGCACAGAACAGCUAAUAUGGAUGUACUCAUAGUGCUGGCCACAACAAUUGCUUAUAUAUACUCUUGUGUGAUCUUAAUAGUAGCUAUGGUUGAAAAGGCAGAGCAAAGCCCCAUCACGUUCUUUGACACACCACCCAUGCUAUUUGUCUUCAUUGCUCUUGGGAGAUGGCUGGAACACAUAGCAAAGAGUAAAACAUCGGAAGCACUUGCUAAACUAAUAUCUCUUCAAGCUACAGAAGCUACUGUGGUGACUCUUGGACCUGACCACUCUGUUAUCAGGGAGGAGCAGGUGCCUGUUGAGUUGGUUCAGCGGGGUGACAUUGUAAAGGUUGUUCCUGGUGGAAAGUUCCCAGUUGAUGGAAAAGUUAUUGAAGGCACCUCUAUGGCAGAUGAAUCUCUUAUUACUGGGGAGGCCAUGCCCGUCACUAAAAAACCUGGCAGCACAGUGAUUGCAGGAUCUAUAAAUGCACAUGGCUCUGUUCUUGUUAAGGCAACUCAUGUUGGCCCUGACACUACCCUGGCACAAAUUGUAAAAUUGGUGGAAGAAGCUCAGAUGUCCAAGGCACCAAUUCAGCAACUGGCUGAUAAGUUUAGUGGCUAUUUUGUUCCAUUUAUCAUCAUUAUUUCAACAGUAACAUUGAUUGUGUGGAUUGCAAUAGGCUUUAACAAUUUCGAUGUUGUUCAGAAAUUCUUCCCACAUCGGAGCAAAAACAUCUCUAAAGCUGAAAUAAUCAUCAGGUUUGCAUUCCAAACUUCUAUCACUGUGUUGUGCAUUGCGUGCCCCUGUUCCUUGGGCCUGGCCACUCCAACAGCAGUCAUGGUGGGCACAGGAGUGGCUGCUCAAAAUGGUAUUCUUAUCAAAGGUGGAAAACCUCUGGAGAUGGCCCACAAGAUAAAGACUGUGAUGUUUGAUAAAACGGGGACCAUCACCCAUGGAGUUCCUAAAGUCAUGAGAGUGCUUCUGCUAGGGGACACGGCUACCCUGUCUCUCAAGGUGGUUCUUGCAGUUGUGGGCACUGCAGAGGCCAACAGUGAGCAUCCCUUGGGAAUGGCUAUUACUAAAUACUGCAAAGAGGAACUUGGUACAGAGAGCCUGGGGUAUUGCAUGGAUUUUCAGGCAGUACCAGGCUGUGGAAUCAGCUGUAAAGUCAGUGGUGUUGAAUCUGUCUUAGGCCAGAAGGAGCACAGUCUAAAUGAGCGGAAUGCUAACCUGAAUGGGGACAGCACUGUUUCCCUGAAACACAGUUCAUUGAUCAUGACAUCUGAACCUGAUGGUGCAGCAGCCCCUCACACCUACUUAGUGGUGAUUGGAAAUCGUGAAUGGAUGAGACGUAACGGUUUGCAUAUUUCAAAUGAUGUUAAUGAUGCAAUGACUGGCCAUGAAAUGAAAGGACAGACAGCUGUACUGGUAGCUAUAGACGGUGCAUUGUGUGGGAUGAUUGCAAUAGCAGAUACCGUCAAACAGGAGGCAGCACUGGCUGUGCACACCCUAAAAACCAUGGGAAUUGAUGUGGUUCUUAUAACAGGGGACAACAGAAAAACUGCGAAAGCCAUUGCUACACAGGUUGGCAUAAAAAAAGUGUUUGCUGAGGUUCUUCCUUCUCACAAAGUCGCAAAGGUCCAGGAACUCCAGAAUGAAGGGAAGAAGGUAGCCAUGGUUGGAGAUGGAGUCAAUGAUUCCCCUGCACUGGCCCAGGCUGACAUCGGUGUUGCUAUUGGAACAGGCACUGACGUUGCCAUUGAAGCAGCAGAUGUUGUUCUUAUUCGAAAUGAUUUACUGGACGUGGUGGCCAGCAUUCAUCUAUCAAAGAGAACUGUACGAAGAAUACGAAUAAAUCUGGUCCUUGCCUUAAUUUAUAAUCUGCUUGGGAUACCCAUAGCAGCAGGAGUGUUUAUGCCCAUUGGUAUCGUGCUUCAGCCAUGGAUGGGUUCUGCAGCCAUGGCAGCUUCAUCAGUGUCUGUGGUGCUAUCUUCCUUGCAACUAAAGUGUUACAAGAAACCAGAUGCAGAAAGUUAUGAAGCCCAAGCUCAGGGCCGUAUGAAGCCACUGACUCCUUCUCAAAUCAGUGUUCACAUUGGGAUGGAUGAUAGGAGACGGGAUUUGCUCAGACCAAGUGCCUGGGAUCAGAUUAGUCAAGUAUCCUUCUCUUCUCUGACUUCAGACAAGCUGCCUAGACACAGUGGCUUUACAGAGGAAGAAGGGGACAAGUGGUCACUGCUCAUUAAUGACAGAGAUGAAGAACAAUAUAUUUAACAUGCAUUUCCUGGAGCCAAAUAGUAAGGUGAGAGAGUUCUUUGCCAGUGACAGCAAUGCCUAAACCACCAAGAGUUUCAUAAUUACAAAUGGAUUCUUUUAUGUUUCAUCUUGCAAAGCAGCUGGAGUUCAAUAAUUCAGCUUCCUAUUGUGUGAAUGUUGAUUUGUCAGGCUACAAAUCACUUUCAGUCACUAAAAUGUCUUGAGGCCCCCUAAUGAAUUAAGCCCUUAACUGCACACAUUAUUCACUAUGCACAGUAUGGCAUUGGAACUUUCGAAGUCUAACAUAACUGCUACCUCCUGGGUUGUUUGUGGGGAACCAAAAUCCCAUUCUUCUCCAUCUCGCUCGUGCAUCUUACAGUGAUUCCUAUAAGAAGCGCAGACACUUUCCUCAUAUGCCAUAUUUUAUUACUAUGUCAAAGUGAAAACAAAUGUGCCCUGUGUUUAGGGAUCUUGUUCUUGGUUAAAAUAAAAAAUCAGAACAAGCUGUGUCAACACGGGGGCAAUUUUACGGUUUGGACUGUCCUUUUCCUUAGAGUCAAAAUAUGUAUUUGAAGAUUUUCCAGGGCAUAAAUGUUUUGAAAUUUUGUUUUAAAGGUUAUCAUUUACCUCCAUGCAUCGCUGAUUCUUUUGACAUUGAUCUCCAUUUACUAAAUUUCAUGUCAGUACCUAACUGCUCUAAUUAGAUGUUCUACUUGAAUCCUGGAGCCCUUUUCUUCCAGUAGAGAUCGACUUAUCCACAUUUCUUACAUGUUCCAUUUUCCCCUGUGGGACCAGAUCUUACAAGCCACUAGAGACCCCUAUGUCCUUUUUGAAAUUUGUGAAGUCUGAGCUCCCCUCAAUUGUCUGAACUAGGAAAACACUUUAUCUGCAAGCACUUUGCAGAAUCCUUUGAUUUUUCUGAAAAAUGUGGUGCUCAGCUGUUUGUCUGUGUGGCAGGGCGCUGUAAAUACAUAAUUGUGAACCAUCCCAGCUGUUUAGCUAUUGACAUAUUCAUGCUGCUGCACUCAGAGAGGCUUUCCAUCGUGAGUGCUUGUUCUGUCCUCCGAUUUGAGCACAGAAUGAUGCUCUCUCACUGAAAAGACAGGUUAAUGAGCAUGGCUGUUUAGGAACUUUACAGAAGUGAUUGUGCAAUAGAAGUGGAGAUUCAGUGAGCAUGGUGGAUCUGGAGACUGGCAAGCAAAAAGCAGCAGUUUAAAGUGCAUCUAUAAAUCCACUUAAUCCCUCUUAAUACCUUGUGCCAGAGCUGAGUGGUUAAAAGAAACCCUUUGCCUGAAUAUUAAUCCCAUCUCAGGCAAAAAAAAAAAGGUUUCAUUCUUAUACACAUCACACCAGGCUAAAUCUAUCAGUCUUACUUCAAAUUUCAGUUUAGCAGUGGACCUAAUGACUAAAUAUGUCCACAAGGAGGAGACAGUAACUUGGCUGGUAUAAUGUGCAACAGAGCUAGGCCAGCUAUUCCUGGGAUUCCAAAAUGACAGGUGGGAAUCAUGGGGAAAAGGCACUGAGCUUAAUUGUACUUUGUAUGUGUGCUUGACUGGGUGUUUGGGGUUUUUGAAUCAUGCAAGAUGAUAAUGUAAUUUGUGGGUCAGUUGCAUGAAAAAGCAGUAAAAAUGAAGAGUAAAGAAUUGGUACAGGGCACCCAUUCACUAUGGCAGCAAAAGUAUUCAAUUAUUCUUCAAAGCUAUUCUUAACCAUUUAAACACAGGUUUCAGGUACUUCUUUGAAAGAAAGAAGAGGGAAUCAAAUUAAGAACAUUAGCAAUGGACUUGGAUUUAUAUGACAAUAGGCUCUAAGUAAUUCUACUGCUUGGUCAAGCGUAGUGAUCAAUCAAGAUGGAAGAGAGAAAAAUCUUCCACUUCAAUGCAUGAGGUUAAUUCCAGGGACUUCAUCUCCUUUUCAAUGCCAAAUUAAUUCUCUAGCAUUAGUCUCCCAGGGCAUUUGGAUUUGGUUGCUUCAGUGAGCGGAGUUUGGAACUGAAAUCUUGAUCUCAGUAAAGUUAAUAGUAAUAGGAUUUAAAAGAUGAGGAAACCAGAAUUUAGUGCACUGCAGUGGUGACAGAACUAUUUAGUUUAUUUUUAAAGUCUAAUACUUUCUUCCUAAAUCUUGUCCCUUCCAAACUGAGAGUCUAGACAGAUUUCAGUGGGAAGAGGACUGUAUCCAAAUGGUAGACGUUGUUUCCUAUUAUAACGUUCUCACCUUUUCUUGUCUUUUUCAUAAUACAUUUUUUAGUUAGGUUCUCACUAAUUAACAUUCAUUUGUGACACUUUGGAACAUUUGAUACAAUGUCAUGAUGCUGAUUUAGUUUAAUGACUCGGUUUUAAAGCUAAAAAAUAUUUUUGCCUAACUUCAAAAUUAUUUGUGCUACUAUAAAAAUACACUUUGAAACAUUUAGUGGCUGACUUGGUCCCAGCAAAAGGGGUCUAGUGGUUUGACUAUUUUAUAGGUUUGUGUCAUUACAGUUAAAAAAAUAUAUAUUUUAUUUUCUGCCUCUUUCUUUUGGGCAAGUGGAAGUUGAGAUUUGACAGUAGCUGCUGCAUUGUGAGAUACAGGCAGAAAACAACAGUAUGGCCCUGCUUCUGGAGCUUGUUCACUCUCAUUCAAUGUCUGUUAACUUCAGUGAGACUGCAUGAGGUUGCAGAGACUAUGGGUUUUAUUCUCUUAAGGUAGAUGGGAGGAAUCAAAUCUGAAUCUAACUUUUUUGGGAAAUUUUCUAAUUGCUAGACUAUUAGGCAUAUAAGGAAGAGCAGAGAGAGGAACCCUGCUUCUUUUAGCAUUUUAAGAAGAAUGCAUAUUAUAGUCCUGUUGGUGAAUGUUAGUUGUGCGCUGGGAAUGCUUGCCAGGUUCACUUCUCAGGGGACUUAAGCAGAGGAAUACCAGGGUUGUAGAACCCAAUUUGGCUUACACAUGAGCUAGUGCUGAGCUCGUCAGCCAUGUCUGAGAUGCUUCUGUGCAGGUAAAGAAAGUAGACCUUUGAAGUAAGUAAGUACUUUUUGAAAAUAAAAGGUAUCGUGCCUGUCGAGUUCAGGAGUUCCCAGCAUUAGGUGACUGCUGAGAUGGGUUUCUCAGGAUCUUAACUUUGAAUCUGGAAUUUAGGAAAUAAUUUCCAUUUCGGGUGCCAGGCGUUGUAUGCAUCUUCAGAUCUGGCCACAUCUCAAUACCAAUAUUACUACAGAUAAAGACCCUAACAGAUUGGCUUUACUCUGCUGUAAUCAGCUUUUGUACAGGUAUAAACAAAGUGUGUGUGCAUCUAUCUAUCUACACACACACACACACACACACACACACACACACACACACACACACACCCCAAUUGCCUGUCAAGAAUGACUGGGGGAGGAGGGCUGGAAUAGAGUCCUACCACCUAAUGCCCCAUGCUGCUGCUCUUCUGCCUCUUGCAGUGAGUGGAGUGGGGGAGCCGAGGGCGGUGCUGCUGUCUUGGCUCCUCCACCCCCUGUCCAGUCCUCUGCACGGCUUCAGAAUGAUGGUGGCACUCCCCCACGCUUGGAGCACUCUGAUUGGCUGUUUCUGUCAGCCAGUCAGAGUGCGAAUAAAGUGUUAUGAACAGACAGACAGACAGACUUAGGCUUUUAUAAUAUUAGAUAGAAUAUCUAUUAUAGAAUCUAUAGAAUGUCUAUUAGAUCUCUCUCUACCUAAUAUUAUAAAAGCCUAAGUCUGUCUGUCUUCAUAACACUUUUUAUAUACAUAUAUAUAGAGAGAGCGAGAUAACGUAUCUCUAUUAGAUAUAUAUCUAUGCAUAACUGUAUCAAUAUAUGGAUGGAUGGAUAGACAGAUACAGAUCAAUCUAUCUAUCUCUCUAUCUAUAAAACCACUAUGCUGGUGUAACUUGGAAGCUCAUGGGACAAACUGUGCCAUUUUAAGAUGGACCAAUGUAAGUGCUGCAUAUACUUCCAUCCUGGGAGAGUCAUUUGCUACUGGCAAACAGGUUAUUUAUUCCAAGUCUAUGGCCAGGUACUAUAAUGGCACCAGCUGUGAACAGCUAGGCUGGAAUAGCUGCUUGUCUGUUCACUCUAAUUCCUGGUUUAAUUUACAUGAGUGUAUACAAGUGAUGUAAAUUACAUUGAUGUAAAUGUGUUAUGUGUCCUGACUCUAAGAGGCCUCCUAGAAACAUGCAAGCUUGUACAUCUCAAUAAAUUAGACUCAGAUAUUCAAAGGAGGCUGGUGCUAAGCUUUCAUUUGGACUUUUUCUGAUGUUUGGAUAUUUUAUAUUGGGACAACUGGAGGAAGUUUGUAUUUUAAAAUGUAUAUUAGAGAGUAUACUUCUUUUGUAGUGUAAUAAAGAAAUAAUUAUAAAGUC